AAUACUAGAGGACUGUAGCUAGGGAAACUAUUGAGGCGCGUUCUUCUGGCGUCAUCUUCCAGCGACGGAGAGUAGCAUAGACGGCUAGCAGCUAUGGCUGGUGUGAUAAAGAAGACCACAGGCUUGGUGGGCCUGGCUGUUUCCCUCAACCCACAUGAGCGUCUAAGGAUUUUGUACUCCAAGAUUCUGGGCUGCGUCCAAGCCAUGCCUCAGGAUGCCGCCUACAGGAAGUACACGGAGCAGCUAAUAAACGAGCGACUGGACCAUGUCAAAUCGGAACCUGAUGUGGAGAAACUCGAAAAGAAGAUCAACUGUGGCCAGAUUGAAGAGGUCAUCGCACAAGCAGAGUCAGAGCUGGCUUUAUCCAGAAAGAUGGCUGAAUGGAAACCAUGGGAACCACUGAUCGAAGAUGCCCCUGCAAACCAGUGGAAGUGGCCAGUCUAAACCAGUCGCAUGACCAGUCCUACCCUUUGAGCCAUCCGGGGGCUUUUUGUUAAUUUCAGGUUUAUUUAUGUUAAAAAAAAAAGAUUAAUAAAUCCCGUCUGUAACGUC